AUGGCAGGAACUUCAUAUCCCACCUUCACCUUCGACACCACCGCCGAGGAAGUCGCGACGGCGUUCGCGGACGAGAUAAAGGGCAAAAACGUCCUCAUCACAGGAACUUCGAUCAACGGAAUCGGGUUCGAGACUGCGCGUGUUAUCGCCAAACACGCGAAUCUGGUCAUCAUAACCGGCUACAAUCGGGAGCGACUGGAGCUUGCGCGAGCUGAACUGGAGAAGGAGAGCCCGAAGGCUGAGAUUCGGCCACUGGUUCUCGACCUCUCGUCGCUCAAGGAUGUGCGCCGAGCAGCCGCCGAGGUCAAUACUUACGCCGAGCCCAUCCACAUCCUGAUCAACAACGCGGCCGCUGCCAUCAGCAGUUUCAAGCUCACCGUGGACGGUUUCGAGAGCCAAAUCGGCACGGACCACAUCGGUCCGUUCCUCUUCACGUCGCUUAUCGCGCCAAAGAUCCUCUCCGCGCGCACCGCGACGUUCACCCCGCGCGUGGUGUUCGUCUCGAGUUCCGCGCACAGGUACCAGGGGCUGAAUCUGGAGACACUGGACAAACCCGAUCCUAAAUCUUACGACCCAAUGAACGUAUAUUCUCAAGCCAAGACUGCGAAUGUGCUCACUGCGGCAGAGAUCUCGCGGCGGUCCAAGGGGCAGAUCAACGGGUACAGUCUACAUCCCGGAGUGAUCCUCACAAACAUGAGCGGGAAGGAAGAGAUAAAAGACAUCCAGAAGGAGCUCGGUAUCCUCCUCCCCGACGGCACACCCAACCUCGAUAUGAUGAAGUGGAAGACAAUUCCGCAGGGCGCCGCGACCACCGUCACCGCCGCAUUCGAUCCGCGGUUGGACAGUCUCCCCGGUGCUUACCUGGACGACUCCACCGUCGCGAACGACACGGUUGCGCCGCACGCGUCUGAUCCUGUGAGUUGUUUGGCGAUCGCAGCGACGUUGUGGGAUGCCACGGAGGCGCUCGUCGGUGUGAAAUUCUCAGUCUGA